CUGAAAUCCACCAUCCGGCCAUUUCUAUCUCAUUUAUUCUCUCGCAUUAUAUUCCCUGAAUUAUAUACUAUAUCAAUCUCUUGUCCAAAAAUAUUUUCGAAGGCCGAGAAAAAUCGGCUGAAAUUUCUAGACCCCGUCAAUUCACCUCAUCCAAAACUUACUCCGUGUUCAAAGGCUUCAUCAUCAUCAUCAUCAUCAUCAUCGAGCACUGACAUGUUCUCAGGGAGGACGAGUAGUGAACCUAAUCUGCCUCCACCCGUGCUGUUUUUGUUCUCCUCCUUUGUCAACUGUGUUUUUGAGGAAAGAGGAGAUGCAUAUUCGUAGAGGGUUUCGUUGGGCCGCCUACGUUUUACUUAAUCUGGGACCAACUGGCACACCUCUCUUCAGUCUUCACCUCACGACAAACGAACGAAAUAUCCGUCCGGCGUUUCGCGUACAGAGAGAUGUCUGAGGAUGCGCAUCAAUACCUUAUUCAUCCCUUUUCUCUCCACGGAGCCCGUCUUUGAAUGUUUUACUCCGAGCAUGAAUGGGGCUGCUUGAGGAUAUAUGACCUUUUUCAUCGCCGUUCCCGACGGUUUAUUAAGGGAACAGGAACACCUCGAUAUUUAAACACAAGAACAAAAAGCGUAAAAGCGUCUAUGACGGGCGUUACGGAAAGCCAUCGCAGCUUAUGUAAAUGUUUUUCUUCUGUUUAAAAUUUCGGCAUGUUCACGUGCAGCUUAAUAUGAGAUAGGAUCAAAUCAGACUGCAUCAUCUAAAUGAAGUUACCCAGCCAUGCAAUGUUCCUGGAAGGCUGUGAUUCUGCUUGCAUUGGUGUCCAUAGCGAUUCAAUACACAGCAAUCAGGACAUUCACAGCCAAGCCUUUUCAUAUGUGCCCGGUCCCUAACCCUUUGAACUGCGGCUUGGGACAGGAUGUGGAGCCCUUCGAACGGACGUGUGACGAGUACCCGUAUUUUAAUUACAAUUCCUCCAGGAAGAUUCACAUCCUCAUCUUGGCGACCACCCGAAGCGGCUCAUCUUUCGUUGGACAGUUGUUCAACCAGCACUCAGAUGUGUUCUAUCUUUUUGAACCACUUUAUCACGUUCAAACGACAUUAAUCCCUCACCUUUCUCCCAGCAGAUAUGCUGUUGAGCGCAGGGUGAUGCUGGGAGCCAGUCGCGACCUUCUGAGAAGCUUGUACAACUGCGACUUGCAUUUCUUAGAGAGUUACAUUAAACCGCAGCCUGCAAACCACACCACGGACAAACUCUUUCGAAGAGGAGCCAGCAAAGCCCUUUGUUCCAUGCCGGUCUGUGAUGCCUUCAGCCCCAGCGAAGGCAAUGUAGAUGAGGGGGAUUGUGUUCGAAAGUGUGCCACUCUCAAUUUGACCCUAGCUACCGAAUCGUGUCGAGAAAAGCAUCACGUGGCCAUUAAAACAGUGCGCAUACCGGAGGUCAGUGACCUCAAGGCGCUAAUCGAAGACCCUCGGCUUAACAUGAAAGUGAUCCAGCUUGUGAGGGAUCCACGUGGGAUAUUAUCUUCACGGAUUGAAACCUUUCGGGACACGUACCGUCUGUGGCGGAUCUGGAGAGCCACAGGGCGGAAACCAUACAACUUGGAUUUGACCCAGCUCACAACAGUGUGCGACGACUUCCUGAACUCUGUGUCCACAGGUUUAAGCCGGCCACCGUGGCUUCGGGGAAGGUACAUGCUGGUAAGAUACGAGGACCUGGCCAGGAACCCGCUCCAAAAAACCAAGGAGGUUUAUGAGUUCCUGGGUCUUUCCAUGGAAAAGAACAUUGUGGACUGGAUACACAACAACACCAGAGGCAAUAAUGAUGUGUCAGCAAAGCAUAAGUACGGCACGUUGAGGGACUCCGCAGCCAACGCAGAAAGCUGGAGGUUGAAAUUGUCUCAUGACAUAGUUGAUUACACGCAAACUGUUUGUCAGCACAUUUUAGACGAGCUUGGCUACAAGGCUGUCAACUCCCCUGAGGAGCUGAAAAACAUGUCGCUCUCGCUCAUUGAGGACAAAACCUUCAUACCUUUUUUGUAACAAAGGUUAUCGUGUGCACACACAUCUAUUUUUCUACAUUUAUAUUGUACAUUUAUGCCUUAAUGUGAUUGACAUUUGCACUAUGAACAGUUUUUGUACUUUGGAGACUCCCUCGCAGUCACUAUGAUUUUCUGAACAGCACAAGAACCAAAACCCUUAGCUGUAAAGAGAUCGUAACUUCACCUGGAUUGCUCUUGAGAUUGCUUAUUAUUUAUAUACUAGAACAGAGCACCACACUACUGACAAAGAAAAUUUCUGUAUGCUGGCCAUUGCUAUGACAAAAGUGAAUGUGAAUAUUUUGUCGGUCAAAGGACCCAAGCUAUUCUCAAGAAAAACAGACCUAAUGUGGGACUGAAAUGCUGUCAUAUAUAAUAACAGCUGUGCAAUAAAAUUGUGAAUGUUUCAGUUAGACUGUUUCUCAGGUUGUUUCUCAGUGUAAAUUCUUGACUGCUACAACUUGGAACGGACUUUAAAGGAAUAUUCCAGGUUCGGUGCAAGUUAAGCUUAAUUGGCAGCAUUUGUGGCAUAAUUUUGAAUACCACAAAAAUGUAUUUUGACUUGUUCCUCCUUUUCUUUAAAAAAAGCCAAAAUCUGGGUUCCAGUGAGGCGUUUUCAAUGGAAGUGAAUGGGGCCAAUCCGUAAAUGUUAAAACACUCACUUUUUCAAAUAAUAUGCAUGGUAAUAUGUUUUCUGUGUAAAGUUAUAUUCAAUUUUACAACUCUGUUGCACUGAUGUUGUUACACCAUAAACCUUAAAAAGACCCAUCAAAAUAAUUAUUGAAACAAUUUUACAGCUAAUAUAAUACACAAGUUUUUAAAAUGCUUUUAAACAAUUGUAAGCUUCACAUUUCUACCCUCCAAAAAUUGGCCCCAUUCACUUACAUUGUAAGAUCUUCACUGUAACCUCGAUAUUUGCUCUUUUUAAGUCAUAUUUGUUUUGUUUUGUUUUGUUGAAGUAAUCAACAUUAUGCCAGAAAUGCUGCCGAUUGUGCUUAACAUGUAUUGAACCCAGAAAAUUCCUUUAAGAUAUGGUUUGGUUUUCUUUUAGAAUGCAUUAUGCAUUGGUGCUGUAUCCAGGGGGAAAAAAGAAGAACAAAUCCACUACAGCGAAGCACAGUGCAAUCCAAUUUAUAGUGUGGAAAAACAACAAUUUUAUGUUAUUUCCAUAUGAAAUGCAUGGAAUCAUUCAUUCUUUAGUGAAUUUCUUCAUCAUCAUUGAUACAGUGCAUGUAGAUUUAUAUUUAGUGUCCAUGGGAAAAAUGUCUGGCUCAAUUUAUAUAAAAGAGACUUUUGCUAUUUUUGAACUUUGUAUAAAUCUAGAAACAGA